AGCCGCAGCCGUUGUCGGAGGCUCCCGACCGUGCCCGGCCCCUCCCGCGCGUGGACCGCAGGAGUGUUCGCGAUGGCCGCCCGCGCGGAGAGGGCCGCGGCACCGGGCGCCGUGGAGCAGUUGUUGCAGCGCCUCCGCGCGUGGCAUGCCAUCGAGGUGGCCGCCCUGCAGCGCCGCCGCAGGGACGAAGAGUACCGUCUGCGGCGCGCGCUCGCGGCGGCGGAGGCCGCGGGACUGCCGUGCGAGCCGGACGGCUGCGGGCCGCGGCAGCCGAAGCGGCCGCGGCUCGGGUGGCUGUGCUGCGGCAGGCGCCGGGAGGCCGCCCAGAGCCUCGGCUCUGUGGGGAAGGACGGCGAGGAGGGCUCGGACGCGGCGCCCUCGUUCGAAGAGGCGCUCCGCAGGCUGCGCGCCCUGUGGCGGCGCGAGCUGCAGGCCGAGCGGCACCGAGCUGCAGAGGCCCGUCGACGGCUGGAGGCGUUGGGAGAGGCAGGCCUCUGCGAGGCCGCCCUGGCCUCGCCUCCGUGGGCCGAGCCGCCGCCCGAGCGCCGCGCUGUGCCGCCCGCCUCGCUGCUCGUCUGCAAGUCGGCGGCCCGAGUCUCCAGCAGGGCGGCGCCCGCGAGGACGUCCGCCUCGCUGCUCGUCCGGAAGUCCGCCCCUCCCCGCCGGCAGACGCCGGCUCCCGCACCGCCCCCGCCGCCGCCAGCGGGCGAGCCCACCGACAGCGAGGCUUUGGCCAGGCCGGCCUUCUGGAAGACGCCCGCGGCCGACGCCGUUUUCUCCAAGUCGGCCGGCGUGCAGGCGCUGCAGUCACAGCAGCUCGCGCAGGUGGACCCACGCGCCGUCGAUACGCCGUUCCCGAGGACGACUGCGGACUCCUGGAAUCGGCUGCGCGACAAGGCCAGGAUAGAGGGCAGGCUGGGGCUGACGGAGCACGGGGACCCUGGCCCCGCCUUCACCGAUCCCGCAGAGCCGAGCGUGGUGGUCGCCAAGGGGUACAGGCGCGUGGUUUACGGCGACCACGGCCCCUAUGUCGAGUUCCUCCCUCAGGACGUGAGGUGGGAAGCCUUCCCCAAGUGCCACAGGAGGGGCCCCGCGUGCUACUAUGACGAGCACUUCACGGCGAGCGGCUCCCUAAGGGCAUACGAGCAGCGGAGGGAGGUGCGCGGGAAGCCCAACCCUCCAGCGGGGCCAUGGUCAGCGUGUAACAAUCGCCAGGACGGCUACGCGGAUUACCGCGUGGGGCGCGUGUACAUGCCGGCCGACUGUUUGCAGCUGUGGGGUGGCGCGCUGUCGCUGCCGCCGCCCGCCGCGCUGUGGGGCGCCGCUGUCGCGCCCAUGGCGGCCGCGCCCGCGGUGGCCGCGAGUGUACCACCCGCGGUCUGGAGAACGCCACUGCCCCCGAUCGUAGGGCUGGGCAGCGCGGCCGCGGCCGCGGACGGGGCAGCCGCAAGCGCGCCCUCCGCGGUGAGCAAGACCCGACCAUCCAGCUUUCCCCCAGCGUCGCCGCCGCCGCCAGCAGAGCCGGCGCACAGAAUGGGGCCACAGUGCGGUAACCCGCCGUGCAGGGGCACGUCUGGGCCAGAGCUCCUGCCGCACCCCGUGUCUGGGCAGCUAUGGUGCGGGGCGUGCUGGUUCAACGGCAACCUCGCCCAACUGAGGGGCCCCGCAGCAAGGCCACAGCUGGCCCCGAAGCUGCUGGCCUCGGGCGCCGCGCAGGCCCGCCCCUCCCCACACGGCCCGGCAGAGAGCCGCGCCGAUGGCGCGAGCUCGUCUUGUGCCGGCUUCCUGCCCCCAGCGCCCUGGGCGGAGGAGCCCGAGCUGGGUGAGCGGGACGGCGCUUGGGCCCCUGAGGAUCGCCAGGGGCGCCCGACGGCCGCUGCGCAGUGGGAGGCGGCCCCAGCCUCCGAGGACGAGGGCCCCGAGCCCGCGGCCACGGCACCGGGCGAUGAGGCCGAGUUCGCGGCGAUCGCGGCCGAGAUCGAGCGGGCGGCGCGGGCGGCGAUCGCGGAGGGCCUCGCCUCUGCCGCUGCUCUCGCCGGUGCAGGUGAGGACGGCUGAGUGGAUCUGUGGCGAGCGGGGCAGGAGUGGGGGCGCACCCCUUCGCCCCUCCAUCACGGGAGCACAAGCAGGACGAGGACGACAGGGCGAACCUCAACAUUGACGGUGCGACUUGCCGCGCGAGGCAGGGAGUGGGCUUCCGAGAGCUUUCCGGGGCGGGAGCGGUGUUGCUUCUCUUGCUGCUAGUGCUAGUGUUUGCGCAGCUAUCCCGUUUCUCAAAUUCCAUGCCUGAUCUCCUCCCAGUGCGCCUCUCUCGUCUCCUCUUGUUUCUUGUCCG